AUGGCGCAAGGCAGUGAGGUUGCUGCACGGAUGGUUUCAGACUUCGAGAUGCGCCACGCUGCCAAUGGUCUUCGGAUGCCGCCCGAAGAAGCCAUGCUCGUCCAGCUGCUGCCACAAGGCUGGACUGGCAGGGCUUUGGGGCCCGAAAAAGCUGGCCACUUCUGGCGGCAUUGUUACUGGUUGCGCGGGUCGGCACCCUGGCGAAAACUGGUUGCUGCUUGGGCAAAGGAGCAUCGGCUGCAUGAAGGCAGCCUGUGCCUCGCGAGGGACUCCGGUGACUUGCUGCCGCUGGAUCAGAGCCCCGCGCAAUCUGCGCUUGGCCCACUUGGCACCCCAGCCCGCAUAAGGAUUUCGCUGACGACCGGGGCGACUGCAGAGGAGGAAAGAGCCUGGACAGCAGCGGGGCAGGAGCAUGAUCAACUUGAUCAACUUGCCAGCGCAGUUCCGGAUGGCUUGCAGCACGUGCGAGUGACAGCAUGGCGCAAUGACAGCGACAGUGUUUCAAGCUCGCUGGUUUUCUGUGUGUCGCCAAAUGCAGCCCUGCGGGGAUUGAUGGUCGAUUGGUGCAGCAGGCAAGGCAUUGAUUUGGCUGACGUUUGUUUCAGGAUGGAAUCUCAGCGUGAACUUGCACCUCUAGAUACGUUGUGCGGACUGCUGGGUGCAACUCUACCACAAGAGGACGUGAUUGACAUCCGGGCAGAUCCAAAAAGCACGACGCAACCAGUGCAACCAGAUGCGCUCAAGCUGCCUGAUAUGCAAAUCCCAGCCAAGGAGGUGAAGGAGGUGAAGGUGGGGCCUAGAGAAGUUGCCCCAAAGCCUUCAGUACCGCGUGUUCAAGUCCGAGUUGCCGCGCAGAACAUCCUCAGCGAGCGUCUGAAAUCCGAAGCCGGAUUGAGUUUCUGGACCAAACUCUAUGCGCCCUUGAGUAAAGUCAUUGCUGCCUGGUGCAAGCAUCAUGGUCUCGCUGCAGAUACCGUGGUCAUUUUCUGCAAAGGGAAAGCUGUUGACGGCAGUGACACCCCAGCCACACACGGCUGGGCAGCAGGUGCAGAGGUGACCUUGGAAGCCUUCCACAUCAGCGACCCGCUUGCACAGACACGAGCAAGUGAAUCGGCAAGUACCGGCCAGGAGCAGCCAGACCAGGACCGACCCGGCCGUGUGCUCUGUAAAGUCUAUGACAAUGAGGAGUGCCUUGAGUUCUGGAUGCGGCCUUCGACAGCAUUUCAUCGGAUGAUGACUGCAUGGCGGCAGCAUCGACAGCGCAAGCCUCAGCACCUGCGAUUCGAGCUCACCAACAAGGAUGCUCAGGGCCUUCGCGCAGGAGACAUUGCUUCUGAUGAGACACCAGCUAGCAGAGGUUGGUCACCAGGCCUUGUGCUCAUGGUGCAUGUCCAUUCAGAGGCACCUCUCGCUGAUCCGAAUGGCAGCGUGCCAGUCAGAGUGGAAGCGGACAGCCCAAACGGAGUGAACGAAGUGAAGUUCGACAUGCGCCUAUCUGCACCCCUGGGAAAGAUGAUGAAGGCGUGGUGCAGCCACCAUGGCCUGGCUCUUGACCAAGCAAAGUUCCUUUUCAAGGGCAAGGAAUUGACAGCGGAGGACACCUUGAUGUCGUUGGGUUGCACAAGCGGAGAGAUCACUUUCAGGGCGGAACCUCAGAAGCCGAAGAGUGAAGGGCCCGAAGGGCCUUCAAAGCCAGAGCUGAGACAGGAUGAGUCCGACCAGCGAAAAGCAUCUGUCAAGGUGGAGGCCGAAGGUACGGAUGGUCUGACCGAACUUCGCUUCAACAUGCGGAUGUCAACUCCACUUAUGAAGAUGAUGCAGGCCUGGUGCGAGCACAACCAGAUUCCCGUAGAUGAGGCCGACUUCCUCCUGGGCGCCGUCCUGCUGAAACCCGAGGACGACGGGACGACGGUUCAAACGGUUCAAUAUAUCGCUUUUUGA